GCAGGAGUAUCUGCUUCUGCUUUCACAUGCAUCGACCUGGUCCCUUAACGAGAAGCGGUGUUUGCUUUCAUUCAAAAUCGUUUUUAUAGCACGAAAUGGAUCUCUGAUUUUUGGAUAUGAUGAAAUAAUCUUGUGGCUGAACGAAUCCAGGGUGAGCCAAGCAGUACAGACAAGAUGGGCAACAGGCAAGCUGUUCUACUUGAUCAACGUGAAUACUUGAAUCGAAUCAUUGAAUAAUGGGCUUCUCCAGUCAAUCAACAAUCAAAACAUUAACAAGCUAUGUCAACACUGUUCUAUUUCAUUACCGUUAAAACCAUUGAAGAGUUUCCCUUCCCUCAAAAUCGAAUCAUUGGAUAAUGUGAUCAGCUAUGUCAACGAAGGAUGCCAAGCCAGUUAUUGGAUUAGUCGUACUUGGAUUUUCAGCGCUGUCGCAACUUGUUUGUCUCUUUCUAACACGUGUACUUGUGAAAUUGAAACAUGGUGACUAUACAUCGACUAUGAAGACCCUGUUGUACACAUCAUCAUUCCUGGAACAAAUUUCAUUCAUGGUAUUUCACAUCAAGUACCAAUACAUGAACAUUGAUUUCGACAGUACAGACGAAUGUACAGUCCUGAGGUUUCUGUCCACAUUUUUUGCGGCGUUCUCAACCAUGUGGAUACUGUGUAUCUCCGUUUUCUAUUUAGUGUUGACCAUUAAGCCCCAGAAGUGUUUCAGCUUUCACGCACGUUUCCUCUCCCACUGUACUGCGUGGACGUGGACGUGCGUCAGUUCUCUUAUGUACCUCGUGCUCGCUUUCCUCCUGCGCGAGAGAUACAUGCACGAGCUUACGCAUCAAUGCUGGAGUAACAUCCGGGACACUAUUCACAUGUACAGCACCUAUGGAAAUGAGAUCAUUCCGCUGAUGUUCGUCAUCAUGGUUUCAUCCAUAGCAAGACUUCGAAUCUCAAAAACGAGAUACCAACUGGGGAAUUUCAUGCAGAAUUCGGAGUGUAACAUCAAUGGAUCGCGUCUAGUCUGUACUUUAAACGGUUACGUUGUUUUAUCUUCUCUCUUAGUUCUAUACUACAUAUUACUUACGUUUAGGAUAUUGCUGGAUCCGAGGGGAUCGGAUAUCGUAUUGAUGCUAUUUCAGGCCGGUAGGGGCUACGCUAUAGCCAUUACAACGUGCUUUCUGGAUGAGGACGUGCUGUCUCUCGUGUGUAAGAGAACGUUUCAAAGACCAACAGUAGUGACGUCCACAAAUGGACGAUCAGCUUUUGAUAAUAACCAAGAAAUGCAAACCUUUAUAUUUCAAUAGCGCAUUUGAUAUUAAAAUUGGAAAAAUCGAAUAUUUUAGAGAAAACUUGUUUUAGUUCGUGACCAUAUAUCGACAGGACAUUUUGUAUCAUUUGACAUUUUGACCGAGUUGUGGCACACACAAGAAAUGAAAAUUCUGUAAUUGUUAUAAGUGAUUUUUUCGA